AUGGUUUCUUUAAAAAGGUCACUGCUGUGUACACUUGUCUUGGUGUCGUGUUGUCCCAAUCUCCUACUGGUAAAUGCACGGGAUACUACAACUUGUAGGCCUCAAAAAUGUUGUAAAAGUAACCGAAAUUGCGCAGAGUGUAAAAAAGGAUAUUUUGGACCUCGAUGUAUUUUUCCGUGCCGCUUUCCAAACUACGGGGUGAAUUGUCAGUCAAAGUGUGAAUGUGAACAACAACAGUGUGAUCAUAACACAGGAUGUAAAAAUAUACAGACACGUGUUACUGCUAAAGUGUUACUCUCGGGACAUGUAACAAAACCUUUUCUACAAAAUGAGUCAUAUACCAAACAGCUACCCCAGACAACAAAAUCAUUCCUUAUUGCUUCUAAAAAAUCUACUGAAUUUCCGAUGUCAUCUGUUGAUAGCACGUAUUCUCUGGAUAAAAGAACUACAAAUGCUUCGAAUGAUCCAUCAUAUGACAGCAAACAUCCAAAAACGGGUCUUACAUUCAAUGUAAAAACCAAUGCAGUGCCACUUGUAUGGAAUGUGACUAUUGGUCGUACUGUGACAAAUGGUAGGAAUUCGACUAAUGGUCAUAAUGCGACUAAUGGUCGGAAUGAAUCAAAGGUCAACGAGACAUCAAAUGGGGUUACAGCAGAAGAAUGUAACGUAUUCCAAUGGACUUGUAUGAAUUCAAGGAAGACAGCAAUGCUGAUUUGUUUCUCUGUAUUUGGAUUUCUUCUUUUGGUCAUCAUCGGUAUAUCUGUACUGGUGAUAACAAAACAGAACGUAUAAAAGAAAAACACAAAAAGAGGCAAAUAUCAUGUAUCAAGGCUG